AUUAUAGAGUUCAGUGGUUGUCAAUCAAGAGCAUAAUAAAUUCAUACUUUAUUAUUCUUAUUUCCUUCUUUUCCUUUUUCCCAUGGCCAAUAUUUCGCCUGUAGGUAUUUAGGGCCUUGAUUUCGCCAUUUCGAUGAAAAUACAUUCAAGCUACAGCAAUGAGAUUGCACUAUCAACUACUACAUAUUAGAAAUGAACUUUUCACACUGCCCACCUUCUACCGCUGGAUUUGCGCUGGAUGGGAGACCGCUCUCGAGGACGUGUGGCGGCUACACCCAGGAACGCACGCGGCGGGCUCGAGAUUGGCACUGAGGCCCUAACGCCUUCCACUUUCAACCAUGUCAUGUCGACCCAAUGGCGCCGCACCCGCAAGGAGGUUCAUCAAUUUCUCCAGAUGAAUCAAGAGUCCCUCUCCUGGACCUCGGAGGCCCAUCGUCUAUGCGCCGCGCCGAUGCACUGCUACCGACGCCACCGGACCGCGCCGCGCGUGCCGCUCGCAGUCGGCUCUGUUUACGUUACGAUGACCCAGUAGUGCCGCGCAGUGGCCGGGUCCACUCCAAACAAUGGGCCGACUUCGGCGUCACCGGACAGCGGCCGGCAGUUUGGCAGUGAUCGGCCGAGGGGAGGAGUAUUCCGUCCUCCGUCCGAGCGGCGCUUGGAGGGCUAAAAGUGCCCUCGCGCUCUUGGGGAGCAUCAACGGUGCGUGAGCGUGAACUCCACUCACAUACGAACGCCGCGGCUGGCCUCAGCACUGUGGUGAGGUUCGGUCUCCUUGACUGUCCACCAGGAUCGAUCGGUAUGCUGUGGAUCACGCUGUGUCUCGUGCCGACCCUGGUCGCCGCCGAGGACCAGCUGUCGGCCGUGGAGCAGCAGCGGCGGCAGUUGACCUCCGUCGACAUACAGCCGCCGGCACACGUCAUCUACGGCCUGCUGGUGGAGCCGUGGCUCAACAGCAGCUCGCGCCACGCCCGCCGUCUGCCGGAGGAGCCACAGCCGGCGGGCAAUGCGGCCGCCCUCACCGACCGUCGCCAGGCGCUGGUGGCAGUCGCCGUGGUCAGCGCGGCGCUGGAGCGGGCCGACACGGACGCCGCUGACCGGCUGCGGCGGGUGCUGGCUGAGUACGACUCUGCGCCGGCCGACCAGCAGCUCAGCCUGCUGAACAGCUCCCUGGCCGAGCUGGCCGAGCGGCUGCACGCGCCCGUGAUCCGGUUGGAGGCGCUGCUGAUCGCUCAGCAGGCGCAGCUGGAGGCCGUCGCCGGGGCAGUGGCCGCGCUGCCGGACAGCUCAGACGCGCACGAUGCCAUCACGCGGUUCGUGAACUCAGUGACGGCGACCGUGGGACGGCGCGUGUCGGAGGCGGAGGUCACCAUCAACCGGCUGAGUGACUCGCUGCGACAGCUUAACGAGUCCAUCGCCAGCGACCGACCGACCAAACCCGACCGGUCUGAGAAGGAGGCCGAUCCGGUCCCUGCAACCCCCGGCCGCUGCUGUGACCAGCUCGAGGCGCGGCUCGCUCGGCUGGAGGCGGCAGCUGCUGACCGGGACCAGCUGGCCGAACGGCUGGACGCGGCGCUCGCCCGGCUGAGGGAUCUGGAGGAGCGGCAGAUGCUACUGCCGCGACCCAGUCCGGCAGUGCAGAGGGGCUGGCAGCCGGCUGGUUCAGUGGAGAAGGAGCAGGACCUCAGUACCGCCGGGUCGGAGCGGCUCGACACGCUGGUCGUCGGCCGGAGCGCCUCCGCCGGGGAACAGGAUAUCAUCACUGCCGACAGCCUGGUGACGGCCGACGACCUCGGGGCGCAGGUGGUGCUGGGACGCUCCAUACAGGUCGCAGACAGCACUGGUGCUCGGACGCGGAGCGGACUGCCCCCGCAGACUCCUGUGGCCUCCGGUCGCAGUCUGCACAGUCUGCUGCUGGGGGGCGGCACCCCGGACCGACCCGACACCAGCGGAUGGCGACCGCUGAACACCGGGGCUGCCGCCGAGCGACGAUCCCGUCUGCUGCCGGCCUCGGGUGGACCGGGGAACAGGGCAGAUGAGAGGCAGCCGGUAUCAGUAGAGGCAGGAGACAGUGGUGAGACAGCGGACACGGCAUCCGAGACAUCUGAGACACCGAGCAAUGAGGUGACGCCCAACACAGCAGAUCCGACAGAGACGCAGUCAGCGGAUAAUCCUGUCCCAGCCGAGGCGUCCGCGCGGGCCGCCGCCACCGCCGCCGCUGCUGGUGACCAGACGGCCCAGCCCAGUGAGCUGUCACCGGCGGUGGCUGCGGCAGGGGUGGCGCCGAGACGAGGGCGGCCGGCGGGACCGUCCGUGAGCCGGCCCCAGUCAUCGUCUGUGAGCCGGCCUCGGUCGUCUGUCUCCCGGCCUCCGCCGUCUGUGCUUCAACCUCCUCAGCCGGUGGCCCAGUCGCGUCAGGGCCGCAUCGGGCCCGACCUCGGCACCGCCGGGUAUGUGCGCGUCUCGGGCCGACCGUUCCAAUGCCAACCGACGGCUCUGUAUGUUCGACUGCCGGGUAUGUAUGAGUGGUGUCAGUUCAACUGUCCCAUCUACUGCCCACCCUCACACUGCCGCUGUCAGGGGUUCAGGGGUUAGAAAGUCUACGGUACUAUAGCCGCCGCUCUAUACUUACGUAGCGAAAACUGGCGGCGCUGCCUCCUGUUUAGCGAAGUUGUUCGGAAUGCGUUCGCGAUCACAGUUCAGUCAGUGCCAGACCAACCAUCGUGUCAUCCUUGCCGCCUUGGUGAUAUCGUCACUCAGUGCGCAUUGCGCAACGCUCAACUCAAUGCGAGGUACUCAUGUCACAAUCUCAGAUGUGAUUG